CUACCUUCAUUAAACACCAGAAGCAGCAGCAGCAGUAGAGGCUGCAGGAUUAUCAGCAGGUCGUGAUUUAAACGAGAUUACAGAGCAGCUCUAAUCUACCUGGAGACACACGCACAUUUAUAUGGUUUUAUUUUACACACCGCGUUGAUUUACAACCAAUAGAAACGUCAGGAUCCGGCGCGAGGACGCACGAAGCUACACGGUUUCCUUGGUAACGGUACCCCACCCCCCCCCGCUGUCAGCAUGUCCUCGGGGGAGUCCUGUGGUGAUGGAGGGAAGUGGCUGGAGGCCCACUACGACCCGGUGGCCGGGCUCUUCAGCUUCUCGUCCUGCGUGGACCUGGCCGACCUGAGCGGUGACGGGGAGAGUCGCCUGGUGGUGGGCGACCUGGGCACGGGUGGGGGGGGCAUGAAGCUGAAGGUGUACCGCGGUACGGCGUUGAUGAGCGAAAGCUCGCUGCUGGACCUGCCCUCCGGACUCGUGGCCUUCUUCAUGGACCUCCAUGAGCCGCGGAUCCCCGCCGUGGCCGUGGCGUCCGGACCCUGCGUCUACGUCUACAAGAACCUGAGACCCUACUUUAAGUUCACUCUGCCGGGGCUGCAGGUCAACACGCUGGAGCAGGAUGUGUGGCGGCAGGUGAGGGAAGGUCACAUCGACCCCCUGACCCUGAAGGAGAUGCUGGAGAGCAUCAGGAAGACGGCCGACGUGCCGCUGUCCGUCCGCUCGCUCAGGUUCCUGUCGCUCGACACCAAUGACAUGGACGACUUCGUGCAGCUGCACAAACAGCAGCCAAUCAGACGCCAGACCGUCAUCACCUGCAUCGGGACACUGAAGAAGAGCACGGCGGACGAGGACGGUGUCAGCUGUCUGGUGAUCGGCACGGAGAACUGCGACAUCUUCGUGCUCGACCCCGAGGCCUUCAUCAUCCUCUGCACAGUAAACCCAAUGUCCAAGCUCCUAAACUGGUCCAGAGGUUGGAAGAUUCCCUUUGUCGAGUCUGUAACCAGUAGCACAGCUGCUGGGAUUAGGUCCAUCAGUGAGUCCAGCUGCCAGAGCUGUGCUGCUCCCUGCACCUGGAAACACGUUAAGGCAGAACGUUUUAAGCUUCUGAACAAAUGUUACAGUCGCUGGAAACCUUACCGUCUCUUUUGGCCGGAAGGAUCAGAUCCUACCCGGGGCUCGGGUCUGCUCCAGCUGUAGUUUUAUUAAAGUCAGGCCAGUGGUUUUUCUGUCAUCCUGCCUCAAACUGGACUCUCUGCUCAGACCUGAGAAUUAGUCCCUGCUCAGCGUCUGAUUCUAACGAGUGAUUCAUGUGUGUUGCAGAUGUCGCUGCCAUCCCCCCCCACCAUGAUGGAUGUUACCGGGCAGUUUGACGUUGAGUUUCGCAUCACGGUGGUGUGUCGCAACGGAAACAUCUACAUCCUG